AUGGCAAAAAUUAAAAUUGAAGCAUUUUUUUUAUUAAUAUAUUUAUCAUCAAAUGAAAUUAUUAUUAAAACAAAAGUUUUAUAAGGAUUUUCUCUUAGUGAUAACUCGAGAGAAUUGUUAACACAUCUAAAAAAAAUGAGUGAAACUAAUGUGUAGAACUCAUUUUUAGAUUUCUCUUAAAUUGAAUAAGAAUCAGAGCCUCGAAAAUUCUAAAAGAUUAAAAAAAACCCUAAAGUAAAUACAUUUAUUCAUUUAAAACCAGCUUUAAAACAAGAGGAAAACAAGUCUUGUUAAGAGAUUAUUAUUUAGAAUGUUCCUCAUUCGAAAUUAUUAGAAUUUUUAGAGAUUCAUCAUUAUAGUUAUAUGUAUGAAUAUGUCAAGUGCUAGAAUAAACGAUUUAACAAUGUAUAUUAAUUAUUGAAAUUAGGCUAUUAAGAGUCCAUAGAAAUCCCAAAUCUACAACUAUUAAAUGAAAGAAAUUAAUGAUGAAAAUUAUAAUUAGAGAUCUAUAGAAAAUUUAGUUGAUUAAUUGUAAAUUACAAACUAAUAGGAUUUUCAUAAAAUAAUUAAUGGAAAUCUAAUUAAAGUUUAUGAUCUAGAGGAAAUAAAGUAUACGGAAUCUAAGUUAUGA